UUCUCUAUGAAACGAAAUAGUGUUGAAUCGCCAGGUUUUAGUUAAAUGACAAACCGUUAUGGAUCUCCAAAUCAAAAGGAAGUCUACAAGAGCACCCAUUACCGGCAGUCUUGUAGAAACUUAUCCGCACGAUCUCCAAAUGUAUAAACUGCCUCCAACCGAAAACAUUUCACUUCAAGAGUUCGAAACCUUGGCUUUGGAGAGACUUACUCUUCUGCGAAGUUUAGCAACUGGUACUACUUUAAAAGGACUUCGAAUUUACUCUGAAGAAUGGACAGAUUACGUUCUGAAUGAAUUAAGAACACAUGGCAUCAAGUACUACAUGAAGCUAUGUGAAAAGACCGCUUGUGGUACUACUGAAGCCGAUUUGCAGGCGAGACGUAAGGAUCAUAUUGCACAUUUUAUACUACGUCUAGCAUACUGUCGCACUGAGGAGUUACGACGAUGGUUCAUCGCGAGGGAAAUGGAACUAUUCCGAAUGAGAUUUAUGAUCAUGAGGGGUGAAACUGUAGAUAAAUUCUUCAAACUAAACAAUCUAUGCUACACCAACAUCUCAGAUGAAGAAAAAGAUAGCAUCAUUCAUUUUCUGAGAGAAUCUACUCCGCAUCAAAACAUUGACAAUUUGAAAUACUACAAAGUCAAAUUCUAUGAAGUGUUGGACCUUGUUAGAUCUAGGAAAGCUUACCUGAGUGGUGGAUAUGCUUAUAUUCCGCAUAAGGAUUUCAUAUCAGUUCUGUCAGCUCAGUAUCGGACACACUUGAAGCAGAGUCUAGCCAUUGCUUCACAACAUCUCUCAGAGGUUGAAAAUGAUGAGAGGCUUGUAGGGUUGCUGAAAGGAUUGCACCAGACAUACACAGGCACUGACUAUAGUGACACUAAGGCAGUUAUACCUAUUGAAAGCCUGGACUCCCUGUCUGUGAAAUCAUUCCCACUCUGCAUGAGGCAAUUGCAUGAGCAGCUGCGAUCAGCCCACCAUCUCAAACACGGAGGGAGACUCCAAUAUGGACUGUUCCUUAAAGGCAUUGGAGUUACAUUGGAAGACUCUCUAAGAUUCUGGAGGGAAGAGUUCACAAAAAUAAUGGAAUUGGACAAAUUUGAGAAGCAAUAUGCCUACAAUGUGAGGUAUAAUUAUGGUAAGGAAGGUAGCAAGAGGAAUUAUUCACCAUUCAGCUGCAUGAAGAUAAUAAGCAAUAAUGUGGGACCUGGUGACUGCCAUGGCUGUCCUUUCAAACACUGCGACCCCAGUGGCUUGAAAAAUAGACUACAAGGAUAUGCCUUAGACCCCCAAGCAGUAAACAAUGUUGUAGAUAUGGUCAAAAAGGGCCAUUUCCAGAUAGCCUGCAGUAAAUACUUUGAUGCUGUGCAUAAUGUCGACUUAGGUUUAGGUAUCAAUCAUCCGAAUCAGUACUUUGAGGAGAGCCAGAAGCUUCAAGGAGACAAGAAAGGUGAAAAUAAAGUACAAGUUAAGAAAGAAAUUAAAACUAUCAAAAAGGAGCCUGGGAAUGACAUUGAAGACAUGGAUUUUGAUGAAAUAUCUGAAUGGAAAGAUUCCUAAAAGC